GAGAGUAAAACUGCUCUGUACUGGGCMGUGGAGAAAGGAAACGCCACUAUGGUGCGAGACAUCCUGCAGUGUAACCCUGAUACCGAGACCUGCACCAAGGACGGAGAGACGCCCCUCAUCAAAGCAACAAAGAUGAGAAAUAUCGACAUCGUGGAGCUUCUGCUCGACAAAGGAGCCAAAGUGUCGGCUGUUGACAAGAAAGGAGACACGCCCCUUCACAUCGCCAUCCGUGGUCGGAGUCGCCGCCUGGCCGAGCUCCUCCUCAGAAACCCUAAAGAUGGCCGUCUGUUGUACCGACCCAACAAGGCGGGAGAGACGCCAUACAACAUUGACUGCAGCCACCAGAAGAGCAUCCUCACGCAGAUUUUUGGAGCGCGUCACCUGUCCCCCACAGACUCGGACGGAGACAUGCUGGGUUAUGACCUGUACAGCUCGGCUCUGGCUGACAUCUUGAGUGAACCCACCAUGCAGCCGCCCAUCUGCGUGGGUCUGUACGCUCAGUGGGGCAGCGGCAAAAGUUUCCUGCUCAAGAAGCUGGAAGAUGAGAUGAAGACGUUUGCUGGACAGCAGAUCGAGCCCUUGUUUCAGUUCUCCUGGCUCAUCGUGUUUCUGUCUCUGCUGCUCUGUGGCACCGUUGCCAUCGUCCUCGGCUUCACUGUCGACCCUAAACUGGCCAUGGCAGUUUCCCUCAGCCUGCUUGCUCUGCUCUACCUUUUCUUUGUGGUGGUGUAUUUCGGCGGGCGGCGGGAGGGUGAGAGCUGGAAUUGGGCGUGGCUGAUCAGCACUCGUCUGGCCCGUCACAUCGGGUAUCUGGAGCUGCUGCUAAAGCUGAUGUUUGUCAACCCGCCGGAGCUUCCAGAACAAAGCACCAGAGCUCUGCCUGUCAGGUUUCUGUUCACAGACUACAACCGUCUGUCCAGCGUCGGAGGAGAAACCUCGAUGGCCGAGAUGAUUGCAACGCUGUCUGACGCCUGCGAACGAGAGUUUGGCUUCCUUGCUACACGUCUUUUCAGAGUUUUCAGGACUGAGGAGACGCAAAGUAAGAUGAAGUGGAAGAAGACAUGCUGUAUUCCGUCCUUCGUCCUCUUUGCCGUCGUUCUGGCCUGUUUGGUGACUGGCAUGGCACUGCUGGCCAUCUUUAAGGUGGAUGGGGAAAACCAGACGGUGAACGCUGUGCUGAUUGCUAUCGGCAGUGUGGUGGGUCUGGCUCUGCUGCUGAACUGCAAAACGUGGUGGCAGGUGACCGACUCGGUGCUGAACUCUCAGAGAAAGAGGCUCCACAGAGCCGCCAACAGGAUGCACAAACUAAAGAGCGAAGGCUUCAUGAAGGUCCUGAAGAAUGAGGUGGAACUGAUGGCGAGGAUGGCGAAGACCAUUGAUGGCUUCACGCAGCAUCAGACCAGGCUGACUGUCGUCAUCGACGGACUUGACUCCUGUGAACAGGACAAAGUUCUGCAGAUGCUCGACACAGUUCGGGUCUUAUUCUCCAAAGGUCCAUUUAUCUCCAUCUUUGCCAGCGACCCACACAUCAUCAUCAAAGCCAUCAACCAGAAUCUGAACAGCGUCCUGCGAGACUCCAACAUAAACGGACACGAUUACAUGMGAAACAUCGUCCACCUGCCUGUCUUCCUCAACAGCAGGGGGCUCUCUAGUGCCAGAAAAAUGUGUGCUGCUGCUCCGGCCAACGGAGACGCCACCAACCCUGACGGUUGGCAGGACGAGUUUGACAGGAAACUGUCUCAGAACAGUUUGGGGGAAUUAACCAAGUUCGGCAGCAAGACGACACUCGCCCGCAGGGACACGUACCGGCGACGUCAGGUGCAGCGCUCUGUGACUCGUCAGAUGUCAUUCGACCUGACAAAGCUGAUGGUGACGGAGGAUUGGUUCAGUGACAUCAGCCCGCAGACCAUGAGGAGGCUGCUCAACAUCGUCUCUGUCACAGGUCGUCUGCUUCGAGCCAAUCAGAUCAGCUUCAACUGGGACCGCCUGGCGUCGUGGAUCAACCUGACGGAGCAGUGGCCCUAUAGGACGUCCUGGCUCAUCCUGUACUUGGAGGAGACAGACGGCGUACCUGAUCAGGCCACACUCAAGACCGUCUAUGAGAGAGUAUCCAAAAACAUCCCGACCACGAAAGACGUGGAGCCGCUCCUGGAGAUCGACGGAGACAUUCGCAGCUUCGAGGUCUUUCUGUCAUCACGGACCCCCGUCCUGACGACCAGAGACAUACGCACGUUUCUGCCGUGCACCGUCAAUCUGGACCCAAAACUACGAGAGAUCAUCGCAGAUGUCCGUGCAGCUCGUGAGCAGAUGAAUAUGGGCGGGGUCACUUAUUCACCCCUCCCCCUGCAGGAGGCUCAGCCCCGCCCCACCUCUGUCUACAGUCAGGUAUCGUCGGCAUGCUCACCCUCCGCUUCCUUCAAUGGACCUUUCAACCAGCCACCAGGGGGCAUCAUUUCCCCGCAGCCUCACAGCAGCUACUACAGCGGCAUGGCGGGACCACAGCACCCUUUCUACAACAGGCCAUAUUUCCCCCAUCACCUUUACCAGCUGCCACGCCCACUCGUGGCAUCCUCCUUUUCAUCACACCUUCAUCCAUGCCCACCACCUAAAGCGUCGUCCAGCAGGGACGCCACCGCUGCACCUGGUUCGGCCUCCGUUGUGUCAGGCCCUCCUGCCAUCCUCCUCAGCUCCAUGACAACGGAGGCAGUUUGUGAGCGUGUGCGGCAGAUCGAAGGCAUCGACCAAAGCAUGAUGGGACAGUAUGCCACCACCAUCAGGAAGGCAAACGUCAACGGAAGAGUUUUGUCUCAGUGUAACAUUGAUGAACUGAAGAAGGAGAUGAAUAUGAACUUUGGAGACUGGCAGCUCUUCAGAGCCACGGUUAGUAUGAACACUGAAAACACAGAUGUUCUAACAUGC